UGGCUUGGUCUCUGGAUACGGUUUCUAUAGAUGGUUCACGGGAUUGUAUGGAUACAUGUUGUGCGAUUGUGCGAAACAUGUUGGAAGGAUCUGGGUCAACUGGUUGGAGCGAAUGGUGAUGGGAAAAUUGGUGGAGGCAACCGAAAGAGGCUGAAGAUUUCUGUUCCACAUUUCGAUAACUCUGACCUCAUUAAGAGUUAUUCCAAAACCUUGAUCGGAAGGAGUAUGAAUCCAAGGAAGCAAGAUAUCUCGUCCUUGCUGGUGAUGCUACCAAAGAUAUGGAAAGUGGAGGAGAGGGUAGCAGGCACAGAUUUGGGAUUGGGAAAGUUUCAAUUCCACUUCGACAACCAUAUCAUUUCGACUUUUGGAUGAUAGCCUUGGACCGAUGGUAACUA